AAACCUCACAGAAACCAUCAAUGGCGGAAGCCACUAAGGCACUCAUCGACAAAGCUGCUUUAAGAUCUGUACCUCCGCCAUAUUUUACGAAGCCAACCUCGAUAUUUUCCCAUGCCAAUUGUAAGCCUUAUAAAUCACCUCAACUUGUGGGCAUGCAGAGCAAAGCACUUGCAGCGAUUAUGGCGAUCAGAAAGAAGAGUGUGGGUGAACUUGGUGAGAAGGAUUUGAAGGGGAGGCGCGUUUUGGUUCGUGUUGAUCUCAAUGUUCCACUGGAUUCAUCUAGAAACAUUACAGAUGAUACACGCAUAAGAGCUGCCAUUCCCACCAUCAAAUACUUAAUGGUUCAUGGUGCUAAGAUUAUACUCUGUUCUCAUCUGGGUCGGCCUAAGGGUAUUACUCUAAAAUACAGCUUGACCCCUCUUGUGGGAAGGUUAUCAGAAUUGCUUAAUCAUGAGGUACUGAAGGCCAAUGACUGUGUUGGUCCUGAAGUUGAAAAGCUGGUGGAAUCUCUUCCUGAAGGAGGAGUAUUGCUUCUUGAGAAUGUUCGAUUUAGAAAGGAGGAGGAGGCAAAUGCUCCUCCAUUUGCAAAGCAGCUGGCAUCUCUUGCAGAUCUCUAUGUAAAUGAUGCUUUUGGAACAGCUCAUAGAGCACAUGCGUCCACAGUGGGUGUCACUAAAUACCUCAAACCAUCUGUUGCUGGUUUUCUCAUGCAAAAAGAACUUAACUAUCUAGUAGGUGCAAUUUCUGCUCCUAAGAAACCUUUUGCUGCAAUUGUGGGAGGGUCUAAGGUCUCCUCUAAAAUCGCUGUUAUUGAGUCCCUGCUUGAGAAGAUUGAUGUCCUACUUCUUGGGGGUGGAAUGAUUUUUACAUUCUACAAGGCCCAAGGGCUUUCUGUUGGAGCUUCAAUUGUAGAGGAGGACAAACUUGAUCUUGCCACAUCAUUGAUUGCUAAGGCCAAAUUGAAAGGUGUUUCUCUUUUGCUGCCAAGGGACAUUGUUGUAGCUGACAAGUUUGCUGCAGAUGCAGACAGUAAGAUUGUUCCCUCAUCGGCCAUUCCAGAAGGAUGGCUAGGUCUUGACAUUGGACCUCUCACCAUCAAAACAUUCAGUCGGGCUUUGGACACAGCUAAAACUAUCAUUUGGAACGGUCCCAUGGGAGUUUUUGAAUUUGAAAAAUUUGCUCUUGGAACAGAGGGAAUUGCAAAGAAGGUUGCAGAGUUGAGUGGAAAGGGUGUGACCACCAUCAUUGGUGGAGGUGACUCUGUUGCUGCCGUGGAGAAGAUGGGUGUGGCUGAUAACAUGACACACAUUUCCACAGGUGGUGGUGCCACCUUGGAGCUUUUGGAAGGCAAACCCCUUCCUGGUGUUGUUUGUUUAGAUGAAGAUUAACUCUCUAUUGUAAGAUGGCAAUGAUGUAGUUGUUGGAAU